ACAAACAUUUGCGUUCACAAAAAAAAACCAUUUAAAACCCUCAACAGCAUCCGUCCUCACCUUCCCACCUUGUUAACGAUGAAGGCAUCUCUGAAGGGCAAGUACGAGACAGACAAGAGCGGCGCGGCCGCAAACAUCUCCGUUUUCGCCAGCGAUGUCAAGUUCCGAGCUUCACUUACCGACGCCACCUUCGCCGCCGGACCCAGCUUAAACGGCUUGGUUCUAGCCGUAGAAAAACCCGGCUCCUUCAUCGUCGAUUACAACGUUCCCAAAAAGGACUUUAGGUUUCAGUUCUUGAACUCAGUUAGGGUUGCUGGUAAGCCGUUGAAUUUGAAUUACAUUCACAGCAGAGGUGACAAUAGAACUAUUUUGGACGGAACCCUGGUGCUCGAUUCGGCCAACAAGGUCUCGGCUAAUCACGUGCUUGGCUCGAGGAAUGGCAAGUUCAAGUACUCUUAUCUGCACGGCGGCGUGACCACGUUUGAGCCCUCCUACGAUUUGGCUAAGAACUCGUGGGAUUUUGCGGUUUCUCGGAGGGUUUAUGGUGAUGAUGUGUUCAGGGCUUCGUACCAGACAUCGAGCAAGCUGUUGGGGUUGGAAUGGUCGAGGAAUUCAAAAAUUAAUGGCUCUUUCAGGGUUUUAGCAUCCGUCAAUUUGGCUGAGGAACAAAAAAUCCCAAAAUUAACUGCUGAGAGUACCUGGGAUUUCGAGAUGUGAUUGUUAUAGUAAUUAUCUUGUUUCAUUUGUCAUUAAAAUUUCGUAGUCUGAUAAACAGCUUACGAUUGUCUCCUGAUGGCUGUAAACAUCAUUUUCUCAUUGAUUAGUGUGUUUUCAUCAUUGGGCUGAUUCACCUGAUAUCUCCAAAAUAUGAAUUGUGGAUCUCUCAUGUUGUGAGUAACCAUAAAUCUUCAUUCGAUAUCUGAAAUAAUUCUCUCUUGGAGGAA